AUGACUAUUCCGCUUAUGUUGGGAGCGGAGUGGAGAAACGUGAGUUCAGGGGAGAUAUUUAAAAAGAACUGUAGGCUGGGAGGUAGGUGGGGGAUGAGCUCAAUCCAGAGUUCAAUCAGCUCUUGAUAUGUCCAAUUGCUUGAGCAGGAAGCCAGCUUAGCACUUUCUAAUUACUUGACUAGCUAAGUGCAUGACGAUGGUGAAGCAGAAUUCUGAUCAUCAGGCUCCAUCACAAUCCUAAAUUUAAUGAACUAAUGUGGCGAGCGCAUUAGCCAGUGCUUAGGAAUUUGGAGCCGUAGGUGUGGGCGUGAGGUGCUGUCGUCCUUUUUGAGUUAUUCCUAUUCUCAUCCAAUUCUUCCAUCCUUCCUCAGAUACCGUUUCUAUGUGCCCGGGCUUCGGUGAUUGGCUUUGAAGGGUUACUAGAUUGCGCGGUCUCUCGAGCCUCACAAUCCUAAAAGUUCACGCUUCAUUGCUCUCACGAGCCAGGUACAAGCUCGCUCGUUUAGGCCCCGCCCUUUAUCCGCUGCCACCUAUCAGAGCCCGCGGAGAUUAUAAAUCAGAAUGUCCGAGAAGCAUGUCUCUGGUUGAUGGAUCGAAAAUGAUAAAGAGGAAUGCAAACAGAGAAAGAAGAGCGAUUCUUUCCUUGUGGACGAGCGACAGAUCAUAAAUCUUUCGGAACGAUUCGAAAAUGAUUGAUGAGGGUACGGUAGUCUCCAAAUUUCUGCACAUUACUACAAACAGCGGGACGAUCAUCGCGCGCAUUGUUUUCCAUAGGAAAGAGAGAGAGAGAGAGAGAGAGAGAGUUGUCAGAACAAUGGAAGAUUUAUCAUUUGGACAUUCAUUCACGAGUCACAAGAUCAGUUCUGAUCCUGGCCAGAAGCUACCGUAGUCCAGAACAAAGGCGAUCAUGAGAAUGGAUGAGGUUAGCAACGGAAGGAGAGGUGACGGCAUCUCUGAAAACAAACUUCAUUUCCGUCGGAGACCUGCGCGCGCUUAUCAUCACAGACCCCUGUCAUAGUGUGAGAUUGAUGGAAGAGGGGCGAGUGGCGAAGUGACAGUCGGCGAAGAAAAAAGAAGCAAAUGGGUUGGCGCAGGGGGGAGAAUAUCUAUUCUAUUAUCAAACAAAUCAUCGAAGGAAGGCGAUCACACCGUCCCCACGGGGCUUCUCUUUGUCUUAGGGCCGUGAUUUUGAAGCUGUUUUCGUGACGCUAGUUUCCAACGAAUUCUAUGCUAUUAUUGAAGAAUCAGAAGCAGAGAAUCAAAUCAAUGGAUCGUUAACGAAAUUUAUGAGAAAACAGGACUUCUUUUGAAUGAUUGUCGCUCAAACAUUCAGCUGACUUCACUUCACUUCACUUCAUUUUGUUCGAAUCAAUGUAUCGCUAACUGAAACUGACCAUCUUCUUUUCUAACUCUCGCUCUCGCUUUCCUUUCUCAUCCGAUACGUAGUCUUUGAGUUGUUUCAGAAGAAAAGGACGGAAAUCAUGUUAUUUCCCUAUUUCGCAGCGCUUCCCACACACGCAUAUGAGCCUGAUUUCGUGCAGAGACUUGUCAAAUUACAAAACGAUCAGAACAUGUUAAAGUGAACAUUUCUCACUUUCGCUUUCAAUUUUUGUAUUUCAGAAACUUUCACGCAGCUUUGGAGCACCCUACAAUGCCUAAAGGGGGCCCUAAGCAUGCUUCCUUACAAGGGAAUUGUGGUGGUGAGGGAGCAGUCUUGCCAUUAAAAAGUGAGCUUUUCUUCUCUUCUGUACAACAUUCAAACGUUUUUUUUUCAGGUAAUGGUAAGACUGAUGAUGGAUACAAAAUAAAUUUGUAUGGUAAAAGCUUCAUGGGACCUCAGUUAAGAGGUCCUUUGAGCACGGGGUUAACCCCUUUAAAUCUAACAAGUUUAAUGGCUUCUUGGCCGCAAUCGGCUCCCAUCUUCCCUUUAAACCCCUAUAUUGGCUUUCUCUCAUCACUCGGAUCCAUCAUCAGCACCCCCACCACCACCAACUUCCAUCAACCUGGGAUACCGCCCAUUCCAUCGGCGAUCCCGGCCAAAACGACAUCACCACCCCGUCGGAAACGCGCACAAAAGUUUGAACAUCCGGUGGGACCGCCCAUGCCCGUCGAUCUGAGCGGCAAGAUCGAUCCGGCGGCCCAGCCGAAGGCGAAGAGAAGAAGAUCGGAGGAGGAUUCGCCGCUGGGGCGACUCGAGAAAAUGGUACCGCAGUCGGUCGUGUCGCCCAGUCAGAGUGAGUUUGUUGCAAGACUUUGACGUGCCCCCAGCACGUAUAGAAGCUCCUAAAGUUGAUCUAGCUUUCUAGAAAUCCGGUUCCAGAAAUGUAUUUAGCAACUGUCUUUUGGGGUCGGCGGUACCGUAAAUAUUGUAAUAGACGGGCACCCGAAUACUGGUCAUUCGAAUUAACGUAUCUCAGCAGCGAGCAAACAUAUCAAAAAGUUGUCAACAACGAAAAUGUACACAACAUUUUGCUGAUAAUAUUAUCAGUUGACUUCUUUUUGAUAUCUCCACCGGCAGCCGAGAUAUGCCGUCUUGAAUGACUAGCAUUAGGAUGCCCUUCUAUUAGCGUAGCUUGAAAGCACUUCAACCAAUUAUUCAUUUCAGUAACCGAAAACGGGAUAAUGGGGCAAAGCGUCCAACUGUCCCGCUCCUCGUUUCAUGCAAGUAGAUAG